UGUUCGGCGGCGGCGGCGGCCGCCGGGGCUCGCCAUGGUCUGAGGUGCAGCGAUGAACGGAGCGGCCCCCUCGAUUUUCGACCCUAAGAAGCGGGUGCUACAGCUAGGCGAGAGCUUUGAGAAGCAGCCGCGCUGCGCCUUCCACACCGUCCGAUAUGAUUUUAAGCCUGCAUCUAUUGAUAUGUCCUGUGAAGGAGACCUUAAAGUUGGCAAAGGUGAACAGGUGACAAUAACACUGCCAAAUAUUGAGGGCUCAACUCCACCAGUGACUGUGUUCAAGGGCUCAAAGAAGCCUUACCUAAAAGAAUGUAUCUUAAUUAUCAACCAUGACACUGGAGAAUGUCGCCUAGAAAAACUUAGUAGCAACAUCACUGUGAAAAAGACCAGAGCUGAAGGAAGCAGUAAAGUCCAGUCUCGCAUAGAGCAACAACAGCAGCAAAUGCGAAAUGCAACUAAGGGUCCAAACAACAUUAAAAACUCUCCACCAAAAGACAAGAUGUUUCCUCCUUCUCCUAUGGAUGAUAUUGAACGAGAGCUAAAAGCAGAAGCCAGUAUCAUGGACCAGCUGAGUAGCUCUGACAGUUCAUCUGAUUCUAAAAGCUCUUCAUCUUCUUCAUCAAGCAGUGAAAAUAGUUCUAGCGAUUCCGAAGAUGAGGAAAUGAAGCCCUCUCUUCCUAUGUCAAUGCCUUAUUUGCAGCCACAGCCUACUGUGUCUGCCAUACCACAACAGGCUGUCCCUGACAAAGAUGCCAGUCAUAACAGAUCCCAAGAGAGCAGUGGUCAUAUGAUGAAUACACUACGAAAUGACUUGCAGCUGAGUGAAUCUGGAAGUGAUAGUGAUGACUGAACAAAAUUUCGGCCUUAAAUGUAUCACCUUUUUUGCUAAACACGUCUUAGCAUCUGUUUUGCACUAAGAUUAGAUUUAGAUUACCAGAGACUGGAAUGAAUGUCCUCGAUUUUGAUAAUAGACAUCAUAAUUUUUCUACUGACACGUCUCUACGAUAUAACAGCAUUGGUAUCCUGUCAGUGCUAUGGUUAUGUGUUUCCCUCAAAUUACUGUAUUUACAGUAAAAUUGUGUAUGAUCUGAUUUUGAUUCUUUUUGCCUCAGCCACCUGUUUUACUUGAAACUGAUUUGUAACAGCUAGUUACUUUUAUAGAAAUAGUUAUGGAAUGGAGAAAUUUCUGAUAUUUAUUGAGGCAAGUUUCCUUCCUAGCAUUUAAAUGCCGAAUGCUGAUCUCACAACUUCAACUUGGAGGGAGUGAAAGGGAGAACAACUAAAGGGGGUCUGCUGUGUCAGCCACACUUUUUGUUCAGUUCACAGUUCAUACCUUUAAGGAAACUGCUGAAUAAUGUGGUCCACUAGUGCAGUUACAGUUUACAAUUGUUCAACACAUUGCUGAAUUCUUAAUUUCAUUGUAUUAUAGGACUUUAUAUUUCUGAGCCUCAAGAUUCCUAAGGGAACUUGUCUAUUCUCUGUCUUUUUUUUUUUUUGUAACUUGAAUAGGCUGGUCUUUCUACAAUCUUUUUUGUAUCUCAACUUAGACAACUGCAGAGACAGCAAUGAU